GCCCUUCCAAGCCACCUGUCUUCCUCAACAACUGACAAUAAAAGUAGUGAUGUCGAGCAUUAAUAGGAUCAGGCAUAGGGAGAGAAUGAAUAACCCUGUUAGAGCAAAGACUGAGAAAAACAGUGUUGGUAAUAAAUGAGAUAUAUCAAGAAUCAGUAUAACUGGCCCUAAGAAGAUGAAAGAUGAUAAGAAGAAGAGAUGGGACCCUUAUUCUUCACAAUAUGUUGCUAAAUCACAACGAAAGCCUAAUAGCCAUUAUCCUAGUAGCUGAAAAUCUGGGUCUGGAAGGAUGAUGUUCAGAGGUAUUAAAUAUGACACCUUUUACAAAAUCAAGGAGAAAAAGGCUAAUAUCCAGAGAAAAAUUUCAUCACUAAAUCAGAAGGGAGAACUGAAAAAGCAUAAUGGUGCUUUCCAGAGCAGAUCGAAAUCAAUGACUGCUAAUCACACUGAAAUAGCCCAUUUUUAUAAUAAUAUGAAACAAAUACAACAGAGUAAUUCUCGAAAAUGAGUCUUCAGAGCCUUAUGAGACCAAUACGCUUGCUUUAAAAUCCGAGAUGACUCUUCAAAGAUGACCAGGAGCAUGCUCAUUGAGCCAAAUUUUGAUAGUAGAGGGUCCCAAGAUGUUAGAGCUACAGAAAACCCUGAACUUCUGAUACACAAACCUCCAAAAAGCAACUAUGGACUAUUUAGAGGAAGUAGGUAGG